AUGUAUUCGCAAUACGUUACAUUUGAGGAAGUUCAGUUUCGCUGCGGCUGGGCACGCGCUGCGACCAGCUGUUCACCAGCAGUCGCUCCUCGCCGGCGCACGGCCGCUUCUACUCGCCCAACUUUCCGUCCAGCUACCCCACCAACACCACCUGCAAGUACUCCUUCCGCGCGAGACCGUACGAACGUGUCAGAGUGGUGUUCGAAGAAGUGUCCUUACAAAGAGGUGAUCUCAGCUGCCUGGAGAGCCAGGACCGGCUGUCGGUGUUUGACGGUCCGAGCCCCUUGUCGGCGGCCAUCGCGGUGCUGUGCGACGAGGCCUCCCAGCUGGAGGUGCUGUCCACAGGGCGCAGCCUCUUCGUGGAGCUGGUGGCGCGCUCCCGGUGGCCCGGGCAGGGCUUCCGCGCCUCCUACCACUUCCAGAACGACUCUGACUACAACACCGUAG